UCUUUAUCUUUUUACGUAAUUAAAGGAUACUUUUCUAGCCUUACAACAAUCAUAUUUAUGUCUACUAUCUCUCCAUCAAAAUUAGCGGCUAUAGUUGCUUAUCGCAACCUUUUAAGGACUCAAAAACAAGUAUUUGCAGGUGACUUAAAGGCGAUUCAAGCUGCGAGAAAAGAAACACAUUCACGGUUUAUGCAGUAUAAAGAUGAGACAAAUGUUGACAUUUUAGAUGAGAAACUGAAACUAGCUGACCAAGUCGCUUCAUUAUUAAGGCAGAAUGGCGUUAAAGCAGUCAGAGAAGGCGAGGGAAGUGCACCAGGUAAUGCCUGACAUAUUUCUUUAAAGCAUUCAAACGAUAAGUCAUCGGAUGAACGAAGCUAACCCCUUUCUUCAUCGGAUAACAGAGCUUAAAAUCAAAGGUGAAAAAGGCAGCAUAAAAUUCGGUGAUGUCCCACUUCAUGCAAAAGAAAAAGUUUGAUUCCAGCCAGCAACAACAAUACCAAAAAAAAAUAUAUACUCUUUUUGAUGGGACAAAAACGUUAAAUUUAUAAUAAAUCGUCCGUAUACUAACAGUGCGUUGAAUAAACAAAUAAAUAACAUUGAGAUUGAGGAUUACUUAUCAUUUUAGAAUAAGGAAAGGAAACGCGAGAGAGAGUCUUGUCAUGAUGAAUACCAUGA